GUUGCACUGCUUGAGGUCAUAGAUCUGGAGUUCUACCUAACUUGGAGGUUACUCUUGAUAGCUGCUACUGCUGUGCUUCGGUUCGAAGUUUCUUCACUGGUCGGAAAAACCGCAACGACUCGCCACUUUGCACCCUUUCAAUAAGCAAUCACUACAGUUUGUGCUUCUUCUAGAAGCGGACAUGAUAACUUCGAUCAUCUUGGUGUGCUCAUGGUGUUUUGUCCACCGAAAAUGAGCGAGCAAGAAAGCAUUUAAACGACAAUGGACUCCUCUCAGCAGUGUCGAAAGAAUUCCAACCUCCAACUUGACAUCCUCACCACUCCUCAAUCCUUUCAACACAACUUUCUGACACUUUCAACCAAGUCCACUGGCUAGUCCGCCGCCAACAACAUGCAUAUCCACUCCCUUCUUGCCCUGACCCUGGCAGUCACCACCUCGGCCUUGCCCUCCCUUCCAGGAUGUCUCGUGACCGAUGAGAACUACUCUCGCGCCUGCCGUGAGGUCGGCCCCGCGCAGAGCAAGCUGGAAAUUGUCGACGGCCAGAAGCAGCAGAACCGCGGCGGUCUCCAGGGCCAGAUCGAAUAUGUCGACCAGCAAAUCGGCAAGGAGAUCGAGUGCCCCGGUUGCGGCAAGAACAUCGUCGGUGACCUUGCCCAGUCCAGAUCCAUCGAUCAUAACAACAAGGUUACUGGCCAGGGUGAGCAGCAGCUUGAUAUGAUCCAUGGACAGACCCAUGAAGAGUGGAUGGGUGUGGGCCAGCAGCAGCAGGACAGCAUGCCCCAUGGCCAGAAGUCCAACUUCAAGACUGGCCAGAAUCAGAAGCGCAACCAUCACCUCGGCCAGCACUUUGACGACCAGUCCAACACCCACGGCUCCGUCAUGAACACCGGCAAGACUCAGCAAGAUGAGCUUCUUACCAAGGGCCAAGCCAUGACCCAAGAGCUCUACAAUACCAUGGGCCAGACCAACGGCCGCAUCCAGGAGCGUGACAUCACCCACAACUGGGCCAACCAACUCAACCAGGGCCAGAACCAAGAGCAGCAGGAGCAAUUCAACAAGGGUACCCAGCAGACGGAGGGUCUCUACACCACCAGCAACACCCACGGUGUCAUCCAGGAGUUCAACAAGGGCGGCCAAAACCAGCAGCUCUACAACGGUCAGCAGGUGGGUACUACUAACCAGCUGUACAAGACCGGCCAGAACGGUAUCCUCAUGACCACCAACCCCAACCAUGAGCAAGAGCAGUUCAACAAGAACCAAGGCCAGGGUCAGCAGCUGUAUAAUGGUCAACAGACUCACCAGCAGCAGCAGCAGUGGAACAACGGCGGCGGCCCCAACGACAUCCUCAUGACUACAACCCACCAGUUCUACCAGGGCCAACCCAUCAACACUCAGCAGCUCCAAAACAAGGGCCAGGGAGUCCAACAGCACUUCCCGCGCCAACCCAUCAACACUCAGCAGCUGAACAAGAUCGGCGGUGAACAGACCCAGCAACUCAAUAACGGCAACUGGAACCACCAAACCACCCAAGAGCUCUUCAAGAGCACCACCAACGGCAUCAUCCAAGUCCGUCACGAGACUGCUGGCGAGCAUUUCGAUGGUCAGGAGGAACAGCAGCAGUUGGCCGCCGGUAACAGCCAAAGCAAGCAGCAGCAAGAGGAAAUCGACCUUGGCGGCGGCCAGCACAAGAACCAACAACAAGAAGCUGUAGUAGUCUUGUCUCCCAAGCAAAUGAUGGACUUUGUUGCUGCUCAAUCCAAGCAUCAACAGCAGUGGGUUAGGGAGCAGGUGGUUACUGUGGAUGGCAAGCAGCAGGAGGUUUGGACUUGUGUUUAGUCACUGACUGACUUUAGUCAGUUAGUUAGUCUUCCCAGCUGAGAAGGAUGGGGAAGAUGGCUGGAUGGAUGGAUGGAUGGAU